CCUAUUCAUUUUCUCAUAAAAAAACAAUCUUCUCUUUAAAACGAUGGAGUGUAGGCCGUUGGAUCUGACGAUCAUAUCCGCAGAGGACCUCAAGGACAUCCAGCUGAUCGGCAAGCAAGACUUGUACGCCGUCGUUUCCCUCAACAACGACGCAAGGACCAAGCAAAAGACGAAGGUGGACAAAGACUGCGGGACGAAACCUAAAUGGAAUCAUCAGAUCAAGCUCACCGUCGACGACACAGCAGCGCGUGAGAACCAUCUCACACUUGUCAUCCAGAUCAUCGCUGAUCGUCCCAUCGCCGGUGAUAAACCAGUCGGAGAGGUUAGCGUUCCCUUGAAGGAGCUUUUGGAUCAGAACAACAAGGAGGGUGACGUGGAGGAGGAGAAAACGGUGACGUAUGCUGUGAAGCUGCCUAACGGGAAGACCAAAGGAUCUCUCAAGUUCUCUUUCAAGUUCGGUGAGAAGUACACUUUCGUGUCUUCGAGUGAUCCUCACGCGCCUGGCUCAUCGAGUGUUGACAACAAGUCUACGGAUCAGCCCGUCGCAGCUUACCCGCCCGGACAAGGCGCCCCGGCUGCAUACCCGGCUCCUCCAGGACAUGAUGAGAAACAUGGCGGUGUUUACGGUUACCCUCAGGCCGGUGGAUAUCCGCCACCUGGUGGACCCGGUGGUUAUCCUCCAGCUGGGUAUCCGCCUCCGGGUGCAUACCCGCAACAAGGUGGAUAUCCACCUCAAGGAGGCUACCCGGGUUAUCCACCACAGGGUCCAGGUUAUGGGUAUCCGCCACAGGGUCCAGGUUAUGGGUAUCCGCCACAGGGUCCGUAUGGUUACCCGCAACAGCAAGGUUACGGUGGUCAACCGCAGAAACCGAAGAAGCAUGGAGGAGCUGGAAUGGGACUAGGGCUUGGACUUGGAGCUGGGUUGUUGGGUGGGUUGCUUGUAGGUGAAGCAAUUGAUGACAUGGCUGAUAUGGGUGGCGACUGUGAUUUCUGAUUGUGCUAUCUUAUAUGGUCUUAAAUUUUCAAUUUCUUAGUUAACUGCUGUUUUGUUUUGCUCUUUGGUGGAUCUUGUGAGAGAUCAACAAGUUCUAUCUUCUUGUCUUUAGUUUCUGGCUUUCUCAUUAUACAAAAAAUGAAGUUGAUAUAUGCUGCUUUGUGUGAGAAUAGUGUUCUAUCAAGUUUUUUUUAUU